AUGUCGAGACGUCCAACCCUAUCAACGAUCACAGAAAGAACUGAAACCUCUUCUGGAGUCAUUUCAACGAAUACUAACAGGUGUCCCAAAUUCUGUGGCCCAAAAAAUGCCAACGAGAAUUUUAGUGCCGCAGAAAUGGAGGAGACGAAAAUUCAGAUGGCUGUUCGCGCAGCUCAACUCGGAGAGAUUCAAACUGUCCGAUUUCUUCUAAAUGGUCACGUCACUGCCAAUGAACUAGAUCACGAAGGAUGCGGUCUUCUUCAUUGGGCCUCUAUCAAUAACAAAAUUGAGAUCAUUGAAUUAAUUUUGUCUCAUGGUGGAAAUGUGGAUUUGAUUGGAGGUCACAUGCGAUCAACACCUCUUCACUGGGCAUGCUAUAACUCACAAAUCGCAGCUGUUAUUUGUCUUAUCAAGAACGGUGCAAAUCCAGCAAUCAGAAAUAUGAAUGGGGAAACUCCUCUCCAUAUUGCAGCCAAUACUGGAAAUUUCACACUGAUAGCUUAUCUGCUCGUCAAAUUUGAUCAUAUCAAGGACAUGAGAGAUAAUUUGGGUAAUUCAGCUGUAAUGCGCUCCGCUGCUCAAAGUUUCGGAUUGUUUCCAAUUCGAAUCUUCACAAAAGUGGAUGCUCAUCUAGACUUUACAUCAGAUGAUACGGGUGAUACUGCUCUCCACGUGUCAAUGCUCCGACAGAAUCUCACCGGAGCCGUUGAGUUGAUCUGUGCGGGGGCGGAUGAAGAGAAGAAGAAUAAGAAUGGACAGACGCCGUAUGAUCUGGUGAAUGAAAAGUUUGGAAAACAUGUCAGAGGAAUCUUGAUUGGAACCGGUCUCGGUCUUUACUACCUAACCAAUUUUUGGGUGGUCCUUUCCGCACUAGUCAUUACUCUUCCUCUGGUAAUUUUCUUCCUUCGAAAGAAACGAAUGGAUCAUUUCGGAUACCUGCCAGUGACCUAUAUUUGUUGGAUGGGAAUGGCUGAACUUGGAUUGCUAAUAUUUGAUUCCGAAGGUUUGCUCCACUGGUCGCUGCUUAUGACGAUGUGCUCCAUAUGGGUGAUUUCUGCAUCGUUCUACUGGCUUCUGAUUCUGACGGAUCCUGGUGUGAUGCCUCGCUCGAAAACCCCAUUAAACGAUUUCGUAGAGCAUCUGGAGACAAAGAAAAUCGAACGAUAUUGUUUUACGUGUUGGAUUCCAAAGACUUCAAACUCGCAUCACUGCUCCCAGUGUGAUAAAUGUGUCGAUGGAUUCGAUCAUCAUUGUCCAUGGAUUCACAAGUGUGUCUAUCGGAAAAAUCUUCGAUUCUUCGUCCUUUUCUGCCUCACCAACUUGAUAUUUGACGUCAUCUAUGUUCCAGUUUUGAUCAAUAUGAUUGCUGUUUCAUGGAAUACUGUUGGAUUCAGUGGGUUUUCAAGUACUAAUCACUUAUUCAGAUCAUUUUUAGGUCAAACCCUAUCCGAUCAUGGAAUCAUGGUUCUCAGUCUAUUCUUCUCAAUCCCUCACGUCAUCGGAGCCGGAGCCAUCACCUACACUCAAUUCUCACAGAUUUCUCGUCACAUCACCACAAUUGAAAUCAUUCGGAAUAGCAGAGCUCAACAGGAUUCUGAUAAAUCCACUAGUCCAACAUCCGCAUCGAUUUACAACCCAUGGGAAGACAGUCCGAGUAUCAAGACGAGAGUUCGAAAUGUCUGUAAUCUUCUAGUAUUUGAUCGAUUCGGAGGUGAUGAGGAUGGUAGUCUGUGUGAGACGACGUCUGGAUCUUUUGAAACUUCAGAAUCUCACAUUUAA